AAGGAGAGAUAGAGGGAGAGGCAGAAGGAGAGAGAGAGAGAGAGAGAGAGAGAGCGCGAGCGAGCGCAGGUCACAUGAGUUGCGGUACGGGCGCCGCCCACUUUCAGGAAUUCUACGUCACAGCCUGAGAUUGGAGCUCACCUGUCUAACCUGUUCUCAGGUAAAGCCGAGCGGCCGGUCAGAGACCCUCAGACGCGUCCCUCUGUGUUUCAGUGGAUAUUCAGCGACACAUCAGUGGAGCUUCAACCUCUUCUGCGUUUCUCCUUCGUCCAAGCCGUUUCCUACUGAAUGACGUCAGCGCCAUGCUGCUCUCUCCCGAUACUGAUUUAGCGAUUUCUGUGGAAACAGGAUAGACAGACGGCGGCUCGCGACUCGGAUUAUUCCCUCUCGCCUCUUUCCUCCUCCCUCCUCGAGCUCCGCUGCUGUCGGAGUGGACGGGGUGCUGAGUUAUGGGGUUGGGGGGGUUUGUGCUGGUUCUACUGGCUGGAGCUCUGGCAUCUUCAGACCUGCUGGAGAAACAUCAGCCCAGACAGACGCUCACCUGCUCUCAGGGUUUGGAUGAAUGCACAGCGGAUGAGUCGUUUCGGGUGGAGUCGCUUGACUCCGGCCCUGUGGAAGUGACGGGUUUGGAUGUAAAAGCUGUUCUGUGCUGCAAAAAGGACGAGAAAUGCAAGGCAUGUCUUCUGAUCUCAGUCCGGCUCAGGAUUCUUGAUAAUGAGGAAAUUAGUGGAGGACAAUUGAGAGAAGAUGCAGAUGAGGACGAGGACGAUGGUGAGCACGUAUCAGCAGCUGCUGUAACAGUGUGCUACUAUUCUGGCCCCAAUCUUCCUCGCUACAAGGUGAUUUCCUUCAGAGUGACGCCUGCUGCACACAAGAACCGGGAACAUAAGCUGACGGUGGUGGAGUACGAGGGUGUGUUCCUGGGCAGCUCUGUGAACGUGAGGGUCCGCUCCUUCAACCGCUCGGCCACGUUCCCCCCGCGGAGAGAAGUGUGUCCAUCUGCAGAGGUAGAAGAAUGUGAAGAAUGCAGAACUCCCAGAGUCAUUCCGGUGACUGACGAGCAGAGGGGCGUGGUUAAUCUAACGGUGGCUGACGAGGAUGCGGGUCAGUUCCAGCUGCUGCAGAUGUGCGUGAAGCGAGGAGAGAAGGGACUGUGUCUGCAAUCCUCAUCGUCCGUUCCGCUGCACGCGGUCACCCCCUGCAUGUGUUUUGAGGUUUGGAUGGAAGGAUCAUCAUGUCGUUCUACAUUUUGCCCUUUUACUGAAAAAGAAGAGUUCAGAGAGAACGUGCUGAGGAACAUGUUCCUCUCAGUGGGGCACUCUAAGACAAACGAAGGGCGUCCAGUGUUGAGCUGGAACCUCACCGCCCCCUGCAGGCUGGAGGCUGAAGUGUGGCCGUGCCGAAUGGGCGCUGGGUCAGGACAGGGCUGCAGUGAGGUGCCUGGGUUCAGAGUCCAGCAUAACGAGAGCUCUCAGUGGUGGGAGGACAGCGCCACACUGUGGACAACCGGGUCGUUUGUGGACAUCGGCUCUAAGAACCGCUUCCUGCACUGUGUGAUGUUUGAGGUGGAUGGAAAAAUAUUUGGCCCUCUGUGUCAACAUGACACCCACAGGCAGCACUGGAGUGUGCCUAUACUCGCGACGCUGCUGUUUCUCAGCCUGGUUGGGGUCGCAGUGUGUUUCCUCAGGAGCCGACUCAGAGGCUGUGUCUCAGACUGGGAGAGAUCUCACUGCUCUGCAGAAGCCUGUAGUGAGGUGUUGCUCCUGCAUGCGUCUGGUGCUGAUGUGGUCGAGGCUGGUCUGGUGUGCCAGUUGGGGGCGGAGUUAUCUCAGCUGGGUUUCGGGGUGUCGCUGGAUCUGUGGAGUCAGGCCGAGCUGAGCACUCUGGGUCCGGGACCGUGGCUGCACUCUAAACUCAGCCUGCUGCAGAGACGCAGAGGUAAAGCCCUGCUGGUGCUGUCCGGCUCCGCCCUGGACACAGCUCAGGCCUGCUGGGACAGCUGGAUAGGGGAGAAGAAAGCAGGACCAGAAGGGGCGAAGAAGGACCAGACAGCAUGGGACAAACCCUCGCCAUGCUUUUCAGACGUCUUCGGUUCUGCCCUCAGCUGCGUUUUCUCUGCUCACCUGAAAGGCGGCGCCGCUGAGCGCUUCGUUCUGGUGCACUUUGACUCUCAGAAACUCGUAAAUGGAGGGAAAGUCAUGCCGAUUCUGUUCCAAGGCCUAGAGCUCUACAAUCUGCCUUCAGAGAGUCGUCAGCUGCUGGCGGAGCUCUGCCCAGAGCGGCCGGAGAGCUUUAGCAUGCGGAUAAAGAGGCUGCUCUGGCUCAGGAGGGCCUCCAGGAAGCUGACAAAGGGGCUGAAAAAUUCUGGGGAAAGACUGCGGCCACACGCAAAACCCGUGCUGACACAGGUGGAGAUUCUGGAGGAGGAGACACUCCCUCUGCAUAUGUAACUUUACCUCAUGGAGCCCAGCACGGAUAAAACUAGCUAACCGUUCUACAGUGUGGUCUGGAUUAGGGAUGGGCAUUUUAAUCACACUCUCAAUUCACAUAUCCACAUUUUAAAAAAAGAACAGUAUUUAAAUAUCCCAACAAAAAAGUAUUGUAUGUUGUUUUAAAUAAAAAUCAGAAACAAAGAAGGUUUAUCAUUUGCUUCCUGUGUGUAGCUUAAGAGGAUAUUUUUAAUGUCUUUAACUUAUAAAACUCUCAAAUUUA